CGAGCUCGUGGACCCAGCGGAGGAGACGGUGCGCCGCCGGUGCUGAGACCCCAUCAACGUGGAGGGCCUGCUGCCAUCAAAAAUAAUGAUUAAUUUAGAAGAUAAUGUACAGUAUGUGUCCAUGAGAAAAACUCUAAAAGUGAAGACACCUCGGUUUGAUGUAUCACUGGUUUAUUUAACUCGGAAAUUUAUGGAUCUUGUCAGAAAUGCUCCUGGGGGUAGUCUUGACUUAAACAAGGUUGCAACAAAACUGGGAGUACGGAAACGAAGAGUAUAUGACAUCACCAAUGUCUUAGAUGGGAUCGACCUGGUUGAAAACAAAUCUAAGAACCACAUUCGAUGGAUAGGAUCCGAUCUCAACAAUUUCGGAGCAGUGUCCCGACAGAAGAAGCUGCGGAAGGAGCUGUCCGACCUGUCGGCCAUGGAAGAGGCUCUGGACGAGUUGAUUAAGGAUUGUGCUCAGCAGCUGUUAGAGUUAACGGAUGACAAAGACAAUGAAAGGUUCGCGUAUGUGACGUACCAAGACAUCCAUAGCAUCCGAGCCUUCCACGAGCAGAUUGUCAUUGCAGUGAGAGCUCCGGCAGAGACCAGACUGGACGUCCCAGCCCCCAGAGAAGAUUCCAUCACGGUGCACAUACGGAGCACCAAGGGGCCCAUCGACAUCUACCUGUGUGAAGUGGAGCAGGGUCGCUCCGGCAGGAAGGGCUCUGAAGGGGCAGGACCCUCGGCACCUAAGCAAAGCGAACACUCAAAGAAGCCCGACAAAGAAGAAAAUUCUCCACAGCAAAGUGAAGUGAGUGACUGACGGGAUUUGAGCCCGUGU